ACAGCUGGAGGGGGCGCCGCGCCGAGAUCACCGGCCCGAGGGGAUGCGGAUGGAUGGUCGUGGAGGCGCCGGUGUUUCUGCGAAGCCCCCUGCCCGCCUCCCCCCCCGGUGAGAUAAACUACCUACUACUAGUGAAGUGAGCAAACUGACUGAGGAACACAAGACUGGACGCCGUUCAUAAAUAAAUAAGCGAAUUAGACGCAACUCCAACUGGAUGUUACCAUGAUAAGACACUAUUUGGCUUGGUUGGGCUUGUGGUGGACUUCCACUUGCGUUCUCCCGGCGCCGGGGGACUCUUCCUCCUCCUCCUCCUCCUCAUUCUCCUUCACCGGCGGUCUCGGCGACCCCGCUCGCUCCGCUUUCGCGACGCGGAGGCUGCGGACUCAGGAGAGGCGGGAGAUGCAGAAGGAGAUCCUCUCCAUCCUGGGGCUGCCGCACCGGCCCAGACCCCGGGUGACCCGCUCCCGGCUCAACUCGGCCCCGCUCUUCAUGAUGGACCUGUACAGGAGCCUCUCGAGCGGCGGCGGCGGCGGCGGGGAGUCGGCGCGCGACGACGAGUCUUCGGCACCUGCUGCUGCUGCUGCUGUCGCAGCAGGGAGCCCCGCCGCGCGCACGUCCCCCGCGCCCGCGCUCGGCUCCCCUCAGGACAGCGCCUUCCUCAGCGACGCCGACAUGGUGAUGAGCUUCCUUAACCUGGCGGAAAGUGACCUGGACACCCUACCCCAUCGGAGUCAUUACAGAGAGCUCAGGUUCAACCUAUCCCAGAUCCCAGAGGAUGAGACCAUCAUUAACUCAGAACUUCGCCUCUACAAGGAGACAGCAAGCAAAGUCUUCAAGAACAACUCCUUAAUCAUCAGGGUUUACCAGGUGGUCCAGAAACGCUGGGGGAGUGAUGCUGACCUCUUCCUUCUGGAGUCCCGGAAGCUGUGGGCUGUAGACCAGGGUUGGCUGGAGUUUGAUAUCACUGCAGUAAGCAACCUGUGGGUGAUGAACCCUAAGCAGAACCUGGGUCUACAAAUCAGUGUGGAGACUAGCAAUGGAACUGCUGUCAAUCCACAGGAAGCUGGGCUUGUAGGCCGUAACAGUAGUUUGGAGAAGCAGCCAUUCAUGGUGGCUUUUUUCAAAGUGAGAGAGACACAUGUGCGUAUGGCUCGAUCAACCAGCAAACACCGGCAGCAGAGUCGGAAUCGCUCCACACAGCCUCAGGAUGGCUCCAGAGGCGCUAUGGCAGACUACAAUAGCAGUGACCAGAAGACUGCCUGCCGCAAGCAUGAGCUGUACGUGAGCUUCCGGGAGCUCGGGUGGCAGAACUGGAUCAUUGCACCAGAGCGCUAUGCUGCAAACUACUGUGAUGGAGAGUGCACAUUUCCUCUAAAUGCCCAUAUGAAUGCCACCAACCACGCCAUUGUCCAGACGCUGGUCCACCUCAUGAACCCUGAGAAUGUCCCCAAGCCCUGCUGUGCCCCCACCAAGCUGCAGGCCAUCUCGGUGCUCUACUUUGACGACAACUCCAACGUGAUCCUGAAGAAGUAUAAAAACAUGGUGGUGCGAGCAUGUGGCUGCCACUGAGGGCUAAGGUGUUUCUGCACACGCUCAGUGCCUCUGUCACUGAGGCAGUUGCAAAAAGGGCCCACCAGUUGGUCACUGAUGCAGGACCUUAGCAGAGCACAGCCACUUUGGCCUCUAGUUUCUUUAGAACCCAGGAACUGCUCACAGUAUAAGGUUUUUGAAAAACCAGAUAAUGAAUCAGACCAAACUAGAACUGUAGCACUCUAGAGAGGAUCUGAGGUUACCAUGGAACUCAUUGUUUGGUUGUGGGUCAGAUGGUAUCGGCUGCGGCAGAAAAUGAAUCACCUUUAAAAGGGGUAUGGCCAGACAGAUAUAUAUUAUUUUUUUUUUAUAUAUAUACAGAUGUGUGAACACUGGCAUUCAAGGCUUGACCUUUAUAAUCCAAGAUUCUAAAAUUCAGUUAGAAUUUAUCUAACUGAUUGGGGGAAGUAACUGUACAGUAGCUUUUCUUCAUGGAAAUACUGGUAAGUACAUAUUGAAAUUAAGGAAUCUAAUGUAUACAUUCACA